UAUGACUGAUCAGCCAUACUUAAGUCUCUCCAAAGUAAAGAGUUCUCACUCUCAUCAUGGUUAUCAUAAGAAGCUGGUAUUACAGCUUGAUGAAGAUGAGUAAUAACAUAUGCCAAUGUUUCGUCAAAAUACGAGCAAGAGUAGACAUCUUAACAAGGGAACUCUCUCAAAAUCUAAAAUACAGAAUAUUGCUUAAUUGUAAGAGAUGUUUAAACAAUUCAAACAUUUUAAAUGCUCACUUCAAACAUAGACUCCAGCAAUUCUAAUGAUGAAAUCAAGUCAGAUCUCUAAGAAACCUUAAUCCUAAUCAAAGAGCACAUUAGAUGCAAAAGAGGUUUCAUUUGAAGACAAAUAGAAAGUAAUGAUUUAAGCCCGUAAAACAAUGUUUCGAAUUGUGAUGGAUAAUAAGUUGCGGAGUUAAUCAAUCAAGGAUUAUGGAUUUAAUUUGAGACCUUUGUUCAACCAAGUUAUAGAAAAAAAUGAUAGUGUUUUAGAAUAGAAGAGUAAUUAUUGUAUAACUAGCUAGUUCAGGAACAAAGGUAAGAAAAGAGGAAGUCUGACCUAUUUUCACGCAGUCCAUUCUCGAAUGCUUACUAUGCGACCAAGGCUCUUUCUAAAAGAUCUCGUAUGAAUGUAUACGAACGUCUUGCACAAAAUCUGCCUGCUGAUUCACGAUUCCACUACGAAUGA